AUGGCUCAUGAGCAACAAAGAGCUGCUGUUGGGGACUCAAACGGAUGGAAUUUAGAUGGAAUUGCAUUUUUGGACAAUGAGAUGCUCCCUCCAUCACUUGUUCGGAUUAGGCCUAUUCUUUGUGUUGCCAAUGAAAUUGAGUGGGUCAAUCCCAGGGUUGCCUACCUUUAAAUUUACAGUAAUGUAUGUACCCGUCUUACAAAAGCUUAUGAAAGUGCUGCUGUUCUUUUUGAGGUUUUGGAGACUAUGUGCCCUAGGAGUAAGUUGUCCCCUGAGAUACGGGAAUUACACAAACAGGUUAUUGAGAAAGCAGCACUGCAUAUUCAUAAUAUUCAUCCACUUGACACUGAAACUUCAGAUCAACAGCUGCCAAACCACCCCAAAAUCCCCUUCCAAGCUAUAAAAGAUUGUACCCAAGACUUCAAAGAACGAAAUUGCAUCGGGAAGGGUGGAUUCGGAAGGGUCUACAAGGGAAUCCUCACCUGGGGGGAUUAUGUAAACCAGCUAGUUGCUGUAAAACGGCUAGAUGUCACCGGGUUUCAAGGUAACAAGGAGUUCCACACUGAGCUCACAAUGCUUUCACAGUUUCAGCAUGAAAACAUUAUAACCCUAAUAGGGUUUUGUGAUGUUAACAAAGAAAUGAUCCUGGUUUAUGAAUACGCAAGCCAUGGAAGCCUCGACAAGUAUUUACAUGACCCUACUAUGUCAUGUGAACUCUCAUGGCCACAACUGCUCAAAAUAUGUGUUGGUGUUGCUUCUGCAUUGGACUAUCUUCAUAAUCACGUGGCAGAAAAACAUAGAAUAAUACACCGUGAUAUAAAAAGCGCAAAUAUUUUGUUGGAUGAGAAUUGGAAUGCAAAACUUUCGGAUUUUGGGUUGGCUAGGAUAGGACUAGCAAACCAAAGUAACAGCGUAGUGAUCACUAACCUUGCUGGAACGCAUGGUUAUUGCGACCCACAAUACGAAAGAACAGGUCUUUUAACAAAAGAAUCGGAUGUAUAUUCCUUCGGUGUGGUUUUGUUUGAAGUUUUGUGUGGAAGGUUGGCGUGUGUCAUGAAUUACCAUGAUGAGCGGCGAUUCCUCCAUCAUUUGGCCCGAACUAGCUACAUAAAUGGAGAACUGGAUAAGAUUAUUGAUCAUAGAAUAAAGAAAGAUAUUAAACCAAGAGCAUUGCACAAGUUUUCAGCUAUUGCGUAUCAAUGCUUGCAAGAAACUUGA